CCACUUUCUGUUCAACCCUCCACUUGCCCGCUGAACAGAAACUGGACAAACAGAACUGGUGAGUGAGGAGAGUGUACAAAGGAAUGUGACAGACUUUUUUCAAUGCCCAUUUGGACUUCGGCAUAUUUAGUUUUCUUAACUGGACACCGGCAAUGUCUGAAAGCAUUGUGAGGAAAGUCCAGCCCUUCACCAUCGGGACGAGGCUGUCAGUCCCAGCUGUGCCAAAAUGCCAGGAGUUUACACAGAGUUAUCUGCAGAGCCGGAGUCUGGAUAACUGCACUCUACAGCACAACCUGAACUCGCUCUACCUCAGUCGAUCCCAGGUCUGUGCACAUGGCCCCUGUCUCGUCUCACCCAUCGUCAAGCAGGUAGCCCUCGUGAAACACAAACAGGAGGACAUGGCAGCUGAGGACCAACUGAACCAGAACGUUGCCUCUCCAUCUACUGUCUCCAGAUCCAUCAAGAAGAUUACAAUCUCUGGGAGUAAAGACAGAUCAGAGAACAAGGUGUCAGCGGGACCAGUGCACCUUUCAAUUGUAGGGUCCACGUCUGAAAACAACAAUAACAACAACAACAUCACCACCAACACAUCAGAUCCACAUCUGCCCAGGAUUGUGGGUGUGAGCUGUGAGAAUAAGCCCAGUUCUCACUUCAAGGUUUUGCUCAGACAAGACAGCAGUGAUGAAUUUCAGCCCAUGCAGGGACAAACCAGGGUGAAACUGAACGGAGAGAAAUCUGUCCAACAGGUUUCAAUGCCUGAAUCGCAGAAGAAAGAGCCACAGAGGAAAGAAAAUCACGCACACACACAGAAUGAAGCGUCGGCAGCUGUUGCGUCCCAGAGUGACUGCUUCACUCAUCGCACCUCGCUCUUCAACAAGGAAGUACUGCAGGCAGAGGCGUGGAUCAAAGGCAAGCUGCAGGACCUGAAGGACGGAUGUAAUAUUCAGCGCUGCCCCUUGCAGGACUGGGAGGAAGCCUCGCAGACGCUUCAGAGAGACCUCAAAGACUUUGAGAACACCCUAAUUCAACUCAACCAGAUGGGUGAGCAGUUGAUUUGCAAGAUGAACCCCACAUCUGAACUCGUGAAGAAGCAGCUCAGCCAGCUCAGGGACCAAUGGCAGACCCUGAAACAGACGGCUGCGAAUCAGACGAGGGCCCUGGGCGGAGCCAAGAUCCUGCAGGAGUUCAACAAAAAAGUGGACAAGCUGGAGGCAUGGAUGAAAGAGAAGCAGGAAGAGGAGCAGUCUCUGGUGAAUGUCCUCGGGGAGAAUGUUGACAAAAUGCAGCUUACCAGGAGAAUUUUAGAUCUGAAACAGGAUGAGCAGCUAUACAGAAACCUGCACGAGGAUAUCAACCACUUGGCCCUGAAACUGGAGAAACAAGGAAAGACAGAUGGCAAAAACAUCUCCAGCAGGAGGAAACACAUCAAUAAAAUGUGGCUGAAGGUCCAGUCUCAUCUGAAAAACUACCAUGAAAAUCUUCAGCUGGCCCUGGAAGUGUCCUCAUUCUACCAACAGGCUGAUAAUACGUUGUUUGCUGUAAAUAACAUGAGGAAAAGCGUGUCUGCAUGCAAAGAGCUGGACAGCUUCGGAGAUAGAGAAAUACGUGACAUCGCCAGUCAAAUCAUGAUGCUAGAUGUGAGUGUGUCCCAGCUGUCUAAUCUCCAUCCUGCCCUGACUGCCGGCGUUACACAGAAGCAGAGUGAGGUGAAGGACUGCUGGGCGCAUCUUCAGAAGGUUUUCAGGACCGACAGGGCCACACUCUCUCCCACUGGCUCCACUUUCACCAGGGAAGAUGCUGACCCCCUGACACCGGCCCGAGAACCCCAGUGCAACGUGGGAACGGAGACACAAAGGAUCAUGGGAAAGGAGGUGAAGGAGGAGCAGAAUCGUCUGAAAGGCUGCGUGAGUACUGUUGAAUGUGGGACUGGUAGGAGAACACCGGGCAACGAAAGCCAGGAGCAGCAAUCAGCGAACCGCACCUCUUCACCCGUGGGAGAUGGCCCUGCCUUUGCCAAUGAUGUCAUCGUCAGACAUCAACUGAAGGGGGAAAGCAGGAAGGCCAGAGCAGAGCCCAAGCUUGCCACCACCCAGCGAGGCCACCCACAGCUUCACAUACAGCUCCAGAAGUUCACCGUGUCUGCUGACAAGACUUUGUCCUGGCUGAAGGACAAUGUGUCCAUGGCCACACAGGUGUGUUCAAUAGCUAAUUUUGAGGGUCCGGAGACAGCCAGGAGGUGUCAGCACGCUCUGGAGCAAGAAAUCCUCACCAACAGGGCCAGGAUAGAGGUGGUCAAAAGGGAGGGCCGCGGGCUGGUCCGUGCACAGCACCCAGGCAGUGCCAAGAUCGAGGAGUUCCUCGGCCAGCUGGAAGUCCUGUGGGAGGAGCUGCGGAGGAGGCACCAGAGGAAUGCUGUGUUUCUGCAGGCCUCAGAGGAGCUGGGUUUUAGGGUUGUAAAAGUGCUCCAGGCCCUGAGCAGCCUCGAGGCCUGGCUGGAGUCCGUGGAGCUUUCCAUGAAGGAAUCUGCUCUAGCUGGUGACCCUGAAACAAUGAGCAUGGCUGAGAGGGAGAGCUGUCUACUGGAGAAAGAGGUGGCAGCACGCAGCCUGGAGCUCCAUGCUCUGAGGCAGGAAGUGGACCGGCUCCACGGCCACAGUCCCCCACACACACGAGGCCUGCCGGCGCGCAUGGAGGAGGUGGAAAGAAAGUACCAUCGUGUCCACAGUGCCCUGACCCAGCAGAACUCAGAGCUGCAGGACACACGAAUGCUGACUGAGUUCCUGGAACGCGUGGAGCUGGAGGAGAGCCAGGAGCUCAGCGGGAGUCAGUACAACCUCGGCCAGCCUCUUCACAGUGAGAUUUCCUCAGAUCCUACACUGCUGGGACUCCAAAGCAGUGGCGGCGGUGAGCCCCUGAUAGAAAGCAUGGGGGACCCUGUGGAGGAACUACGAGAGGCUGUAGAAAUGCUGAAUGACACUGUACGGGCAAGAGGUAGAUCGCAGAGCCACGACCAGGCUAUCCAGGAGCUGCUGAGCCAGCAUGCCAGCUUGGCGGUGCGCGUGGAAGAGUGCUUGUGCUUCAGCAAGGAGCUGAGCCUGGACAUCCUGGAGAAGGAGACAGACAUGGCCGUCCAGUGUGAGCCAGACCGCUGCGGCCUAGAGGCUCUGCAGGAGAAGCAGGACCACCUGGAGAUUGACUAUGAAGUCAUCCGGGAGGAGGUAAAGGAGAUGGAGAACCAGGCUUCUCGGUUGGAGGAGCUGUGCCCGGAGAGAGUGCAGGUACUCGGGGCAAAGAUCCAGGCUACACUGCAGGGCUGGAGAGAGCUGGGGAAGAGCGUGACGGAGAACAAAUCACGUCUGCAAGAGUUUGUGCAGCUCCAGGACUUCUUCAGGAGCUACCUCGCCAUGAUCUCAUGGACAGAAGACACCAGGUCGUGCAUUUUCUCAGACACCGCCUUGCAUCUUGGGAAAGAUGGCCAGAAGCCACUCGCUGCAGAGCUGGACAUGCAGAUUGAGCAAAGAUUUGAGGAGUUUGAUGAGCUGGUGGCCACGGGGAGGAACCUUUUAGACAAAGAACACCAUCUCACACAGAUGAUAAGAGAGCGCAUGGAGGAACUCAGGAGUAUGCUUGGGUGGAUUUUGGUGCACUGGAGGGCUCAGAAACAACAGUGGCUUCACAAGAAGAGCAGACAGGAGGCUUCACAAGAUAACAUUUAUUCUGAGGCCACAAUGUGCUCUCCAUUAAGAGAGAGUUCAGCUCCUGAGCUAGAAGCCUACCAAUCCCAUCAGUCCAUACUCGUCACCUCCGACGAAGACAAGAUAGCCGGAGACAGCCGGCCCUCGUCCCUGCCGCCCAGACAAGCUGAGCAGCAGGAGGAGAAGCAGUUAGAGGAUGGGUACGAGGUCAUGAACAGCAUUGGACCACGGGGCCGCGAGGUCUCCUCCUCAGAGUCUCCCAAACCCUCUAUUGUGGUCCUCAAAGAUCCCGGCAGCCCUGCUUUAGGGGGCACGGUCAACCUCAUCCUUAGCUUUGGUAACACAGGGGAGAACCAGGUUCAGGUGCUUGACCCACCUGCUAGGACGGAUGAGGUAGUGGAGGAGAUCUUGGAGCCUGUCCACAGGGUAAGUACCUACUUGCAUGUCAAGGAUAACAACUUGGCUGUGGCCCCUGUCUAUGAGAGUAUCACCCUGCCCCGCCAAAAGAGCCGCUCUGCAGCCUCAGCCUCCCCUACUUUCUUGCCAUCCUCCUCCUCCUCGCCAUCUUCCUCAGUGCCUGCAUCUCAGAUGGCUAACGUAACCUUCCACCCUUUGACGGGGAGCGGCGGCAGCUCCAUCUUCAGCAGCCUUAAGAGAAUGGGCAAGAAGAGAAAGAGGAAGCGAGACGUUCGCAGACACACGAUCCAGAAAAUCUUGGGAGUGGAAGAGCAAACGGAAGGGAUGCCCCACUAUGCCUGCGAAACAAUCACAUAUGAUACACAUACAUGGCCACUGAAAGAAGGCAGAAGGAAGAAGAGUUCACCAAAGAGUGGGGAUGUAGAAGCUAUGGCCUAUAUGAAGAAUCCCCUGCUGAAGGACAUUGAUACAGAAUGUUCAGGGGAAUACAGCAUUAUUCCAUAUGCUGUGUCAGAGGGGCCAACCACAAAUCAUGUGAGAAGCCACUGCAGAUUCCUCUCCUUGGGCUCCGUGCUGAGCUUCGACCUACCUAAGGACAUGACCCUCAUCCCCAGCAUUCAGGACAUCAUUACCAUCGCCCCUCCUGAGUCCAAAAAAGGUGCAGGGACUGAUCCAGACCCCCACUCCCAGAGACACACAGCCCUAAGCUCUUUCAAACAGACUCGACCUACUCCUGCCGUCACACACAGCUCGGCAGAUAUCAGCUUUUCUGAAACACAGACUUCAACGGUUGUAGUGAAAGAUCUACCUGACAUGGGGAAGAGUUUCCAUCCACCACGUCCUCUUUCCCUGCAAGAGGAUGAAGACCAGACUGUACCAUGUAACGGCCUGUCUAAAACACAGUUUAGUCUGCACAAGGGUGCAGAGCAGGAGUGGGACAAAAUGUCAUUAGAGGUUAAAACCAGUACAGCUGAAAGGGAUGGGACCAGCCAGCCUUCCCAGCUCCCUAUUUAUGUGAACCAAGCCCAAAGUACAGCUGAACAUAAACGUGGGUGCCCUAGUGUGCAUACGCUCAUCCGAGACCUAAAUGGACACCAGUACCAUAAAAGUGCCAGACCCCGGAGUGUGAAUGAAGAGAGUCCUGGACUUCAGUGUCCGAGCCAAGCUUCUCAUAUGGUAGUGAAUCUGAAGUCAACAGUGAGUGUUAGUGUUCGUCAGGACUCAGUAGACUCUGGAAUCUCCAUCUCCAGCAAUAUCAAGCUUUGCACUGAUCCUCCAUGUCCAGAUACCCCGCAGCCAAAGGGGGUGGUGGGGAGGCUUGUGUCCCUUGAGGUGGGAGGCAUAGACUGCACUAAAACAAGGGACAACACUGUAACAUCAUUGGGUCCAUCAACAGACUCAGCAGAUCUAGAAACAGAGCCUGUCCACCUGGACCACCGGCAGUUUCAGGAGGAAGAAGAAGAACUGGAGGACAUCUGGAACCAGAAUACUAACUACAGACAUAGCAUCUGCUCAGACAUCAUGUACCAGCCCAACCAGGACGAACCUGAACCCUCAGACCCAUCCGGAGAGCUCCUUUCCCGCUCACCUUCACCUAAGAACCCGGCUGUGCUCUACAGGAACCUGGCCACAGCCUCUGCACCCAACCUCCUCGUGGCUGAGUUUAGGCUGCCCCCCUACGUUCAGAGCUUGCUGGGUUACGACAAGGAGCAGAGUCCCAAAUGUCACCUCCCUCCACUGGCCGUAGGAGAUAGGAGGUCCUGGGCGGCCUUUCCUAACAAGGAACCAGCCAGCAAGACCUCAGUGACAGUGAACGAGACGGCGUCUGAUCCAGUGAAGCUGCCAGAUGUAGGGGACAACCAGAGAUAUAUUUAUCAAUACAGAGAAGAUGAGGAGGAGGAAGUGGAGGCAAAGGUGGGGGAGGAGGUGAAUGAGCACACAGGUGGUUCAAAGGACCAGUCAAUGAGUUUACUGUCAGUUCAUAUGGGUUUGGAUGGCGUCUGUCAGCAAAGAAAAGCCUCUCAAGGCCUGGACAACAUGGAGAAGCAGGAAGAAUCAAUGGCCACAGGAGGGCAGUGUAGCACACUGAGUGCAAAGCCUGAGCUGCAGUCCAUGGAGGGAGCGCUUGAGAGGAAGCACAAGCUGCAGCUGGGAGGAAAGAAAGCGGCCUCCAGAGGCUGGAACUGCUACCAUGCCGUCCUAUAUAGACACACCUUGUGCUUCUACCAGGACAGAAAGGAGACACUGAGGAGCUCUGCAUGUGGCCUGCCGCUGAACCUCACGGGAGCAGAGUGUUCACCUGCACUAGAGUACACCAAAAAACCCAACUGCUUUCGACUACGGCUCCGUGAUGGGUCUGAAUAUCUGCUUAAUGCCUCCUCACGCUUUUUGAUGAAAAAAUGGAUGAUGAAAAUACAAGCAAACACAGGUCAGAGUGAGUCUGUGUCUUCAUCAUCAACUGUCCCAGUUGAUCUCCCAAUUUCCUUAAAGCCCUCCCUCUGCUCUGGUUGUCAUGGUCUUGCCAAAUGCCACUGCUCCUCCCGACAUGAUGUCACCUCCACGUUCCCCAGGCACAAGCCACCGGGCGCCGCCCAAACCAAAGAGAUUGUCGUCCUCACCAGAGAGUUCAGUCACAUGACACAGAGUCAUUUAAGGAGUGUGGACGAGCAGUCGACCAUCUCAUCCUCAGACGGAGGCGGCUGUGAUGAUGAUUUAGGCAGUUUUAAGCAGACAAUGACUCACAGACUGUCUGGAGCAUCCAGAGACAACACCUCCCCCCCCCCUCCUCAUUCCCCUGUAUCCAGCAGUCAGGACUGGCUCAGCAACAAGCGUCGCUCCCACUCCUUCACAUCAGCAACUUUUCAGAAGAUCAAACCAACGUCGCACAACCCUGGAGGCAGAGGCCCGGAAAGAGGCUCCAACUACUGUGUGACUCUUGUAGUUGGAGACAAGUCAUCAGACAGUACAUCCAUGAGCAGAGGCUCAGAGCCCCCGCUGCCGGCCUUGGCUGGAUGGCAGCCAGACACCUAUCAGGACUCUGCUCUGAGGAGCUACGCCAGCCUGCCACGACCACGCAAUAAGUCCGUCUUCAAAAAGUUCUUUGGAAAAAGGGACCUCUGAGUUAAAUGAUGGUUUUACCAAUAACUGAUUUUACAAAUAGUUUCUCAUGUGCAAUGCACAUAUUUGUUGAAAAGCAAAAAAAUGCUACUACUGACUAUAUUUAUGAUCAGAAGACCUACACGGUUUUAUUUUUGAUGUGUUGGAAAUAUAAUUCACUUCAUGGUCUAAACAGUCAUUAUAAUAAGUCCUUUUCAUGAGUGUUUAUCUUGUUGCGUGUAUAUUGUUCUUCCUUUUCUUGCCAAGUGAUAGAACAAUAUUGUGUGAGUGUGCACUGUGUAGAUUUGAUUAAUUGAAAAACACCUUUUCUCAAGAGUCUUAUUUUGUAUCUCUUUUGUAUUUUUUUUGUUAUGGUUGUGUAUUAGGUAAACAUACCGUCUCAGUGGAGAAACCAUUUAGAUAACAGAUUUAGAGAAUAAUCCCAGUGAUAUCAUCUUUAAUGAGUUAUGACCAAGUAUUUACAAUAUCCUGCAGUCAUGACAUUUACUGUACCAGAUCAUUACAGCUCCCCUCCUUCACAUGUAGAGUGUGUGGUGCACCAAAAGAUUUCUUUCCUUUUUUUAAAAUCAGCAGUUUGACACUGUCUGAGCUUGUUUGAUAUUAAGACUUUUUAAAUAUGAAUUGUAGCAAAGACUAUUAAUAAUAAAACAUAAAAACAAAGA